AUGCAGGGCUCCAGGUACACAGGACGUCCCAGUGCACUCUCCCUGCCUGAGCCUGGGACACGCCGGCCAGAAGCCAUGCUGCUGUUGCUGACCCUCGCCCUCCUGGGGACCAAUAGCUGCUGGGCAGCACAGCUGUACGGGAACAGAGGAGGCACGUAUUUCAGUACCUCUGAAGACUACGAAUAUGAAAUCACGGGCAUUCGGGUGUCUACAGGUGGUUUGGGCCUGAUUAAAAGUGUCCAGGUGAAAUUUGGGCCCUUCUGGGAUGAUGUACGUGGUGCCUCAGGUGGGGACACCCAGGAAUUCCUUCUGUGGUCAGACGAAUACAUCACAGAAGCCUAUGGCUCGUUCAAGGCUUUUCUACGGUACCUGGUCCUCUGCACCAAUCUGGGACGCUGUGUGUCCUUUGGGAAGGACGCGGGCAAGACCUUCUCUGCCUUCCCCAGCCAGGAGGGGCAGGUGCUCACAGGCAUCUUUGGCCAGUAUGGACUCCUCGGCAUCAAGGGCAUUGGCUUUAAAUGGGAUUAUCCACCAGUGGAGUCAACCCCCACACCAACAAAUGUCACUUCGAAAUAGCCAAAUAAAAGUUGUUCCUGAGUCCCCAAGGCAGGCUCUAGCAUUAUAUGAGCUGAGGCCAUCAGGGGGUGGUGGGAUGAUCAUUCUGGGGUAACUGGAUCUAAAGCCACCAAUAAAUAAAGCUUCUGCAGAA